AUGGCCGCCUUCAACGAUCCGCAGAAACUAGCGGAUGCCAUCGCACUUGCCCAAAGCUUUAAAUCAGGGCAGUUCAGCGAGAAGAGAGAUAGAAAAUCCAAAGCACGAGUGGAAGCCAUUGACAUUGCGGACAGCUCCGAAAUACAUCGCGAUCGUACCUGGCACACGCGACAGCAGCUUGUCGCAGAUAAAGGUUGGCAAAUUGGACAACUAAGGGCUGAAGAUGCUAUAAUCGGGAAAGCCGUGUUCGACUUUCUUAAUCGAAAUGACCUAGCCCCGACGCCAGCUGCGACUCCUGAGCCCAUAAACAGGCUCCCACCGACUUCCGAAACGACUGCAGAUUUGACCAGCCCUCGAUCAUCAACAGCAACUCCUAAGCCCAUAGUUAAGCUUCUACCGGCUUCCGAAACGACUGCAGAUUUGACCAGCCCCAGAUCAUCAGCAGCGACUCCUAAGCCCACAGUUAAGCUUCCACCGACUCCAGAAACGACUGUGAAUUUUACUGGCCCCAGAUCACCAACAUCAGCCAGUGCUAGUACGCCGCUGACACCCGAGAGCCUAGUUCAAGGGCCCGGAGACAACCAUACCAGCCCGGCGGACAGUCCUCAGAAACCUGCCGAUGAGCAGGAGGCCGACCAGCUUGCCGAACUACUCAGCUCUUUCUCCUUCAAGGAGAAAAGCUCGACAGGGGAUGAUCCAGGAAACAUCAUGGAUAGAUUUUUGGAGUUACUAGCCAAAAAAGAGAUGUCUGAACACUUGAGCCAAGACAAGCAGUCGUGUGUCAAGAUUAGCGACACUGCGACUCAUAACGAUGCUAAACAAGAAGAAAAAGAUGGUUUCGAGGAAACCACUGCGACCUCGCAGCAUCAUCAACCAAUGAAGGCGGACCAACCUGUCUUCAUCAAUGCAAAUGCCGACCUACUUACAACCAAGAGCAAGCAACUCUGUCCAAAGGCGCCUGCUUUUGCACCGUCUAAGGCAGAGUCUGCCAACGGUGGUAUAGGAAGUCUUUCACCGAAAGAAAUUGAAGUUACAGAUAACGAUCAGCAUCAGGGAGAAAAAUUGCCCUUUACCGGUCAGUUCAGUUCAUCCUCUGACGGUACGCCAUACGGACACUGGCCAGCUACCGAAAAAGUAACCCCUGCACUUCCUGUGACUUAUACAGUUUGGGUCCCAGUUCACUAUCCAAUGCCUAACGCAUUCUCUGAUUCAACUAUGGCAAUGAAUGGAACGCAGGCUGGAGCCCCAAACUUGGGCAGCCGCCAACCACAGCCAAUGCAAGGUCUUUCAGCCUCCAAAUGGGCACACCAGCCACCGAAGUCUGGGUAA